AUGAAGUGUGCAAUACUUUCUGUGCUGCUCAUUGCUGCACUUGCUCAAGGAGCCGUGCUUCUUAAAGAAAAUAAAGUGCCUGAUGUAUGUGCUGCUCAAUCGGACAACGUCUUUAUUGCUCACGAACACUGUAACAAGUUUUACAUUUGCUCGGGAGGAAGUGCCAUUGUUUUCUCUUGUUCCGUUGGUACGUUGUGGAAUCCUAGUCUAAACAUUUGUGAUUUCGCGGCUAGCGUAAACUGCGGCAACAGAAUAAUUCCGGGCGAAGACGACAAUGUUGUAAUUCCAGAUAUACCGGAAAGCCCAGACAACAAUAUCCAUGACGAUCCUAGUCUAGCUCCACAGAUUUGUGCCGCUCCAGAUUCAUUGAAUGCCUUAGUAGCUCACGCAAAUUGUAACCAGUUUUACUUGUGUUUACAUGGUUUCCCAGUACCUCAAUUCUGUCAGGCUGGACUUUUGUUUGACCCUCGUGAAGGCAGAUGUGAUUGGCCUAAUCUUGUAAAUUGCGGGAACAGAAAUGUAUAA